UGAAACUUCACCAUCAUCCACUGCAAAUUCACCAUCAGUCACUGCAACUUCACCUCUAGCCACUGCAACUUCACCUCUAAACACUCCAACUUCCUCACCAGCCACUGGAACCUCACCAUCAUCCACUGCAAUGUCACCACCAGCCACUGCAACCUCACCACCAAAUACAGCAACCUCACCACCUGUCACUGCAACUUCACCUCUAGUCACUGAAACUUCACCAUCAUCCACUGCAAAUUCACCACCAGUCACUGCAACUUCACCUCUAGCCACUGCAACUUCACCUCUAAACACUCCAACUUCCUCACCAGCCACUGGAACCUCACCAUCAUCCACUGCAACGUCACCAUCAGCCACUGCAACCUCACCAUCAAAUACAGCAACCUCCCCACCUGUCACUGCAACUUCACCUCUAGUCACUGAAACCUCACCAUCAUCCACUGCAACGUUAUCUCCAGCCACUGCAACCUCACCACCAGCCACAGGAACCUCACCACCUGUCACUGCAACUUCACCACCAGCCACAGCAACUUCACCACCAGCCACAGCAACUUCACCUCUAGUCACUGAAACCUCACCAUCAUCAACUGCAAAUUCCCCACCAGUUACUCCAACUUCACCUCUUGCCACUGGAACUUCACCUCUAAUCACUGCAACUUCCUCACCAGCCUCUGUAACCUCACCAUCAUCUACUGCAACGUCACCACCAAUCACGACAACUUUACCUACAGUCCCUCUAACUUCACCUGUAAUCACUGCAAGUUCCCCUCCAGUCACUGCAACUUCACCAAGGAUCACUGUGACCUCACCGAUCGUCAACACAUCUCCAACACCAGUCACUGCAACUCCCCCACCAAAUACUGCAACUUCAACACCAUUUUCAAAUACAUCACCACUGCAAAAUACAACCUUCCAACAAGUCAAAACUACUGUAUCUGGAACCACAUCUACUACAUUUUCACCAGCUACUAACAGGACCACACCAGUCACAGCUAUUCCUCCUGCACCCCCUUCAACCAAUGCUACAAGUGGACCACCCGUUCCAACUACUACAAACCCACCAACUAAACCAGUAACAACCCAGUCUACCGUGACCACCACUACAACAACUGUUGUAGUCACCACUCCCUCUCCAACAGCUCCCCCUACAGGCAAUGAAAGAGCCUUGAAUGUUUCAUUCCGUCUUCUUGACACAUUUACAUCAGAUCUCGAGGAUAGGACCUCUCCAAGAUUUAAACAACUUGCUGACCUAGUCAUCAUACAGGUAAACAUUGCGUGCAGAAGAAUCUAUGGAAUCUUUUUCCUUCGGUCUUUUAUCAUUGCAUUCCGGAGUGGAUCAGUGAUCCCCCAAAUGGGUUUGGUGUUUAGAGACAACAGCUCAACUCCCACACUUUCCAAUGCAACAACAGAACUUAACUCUGAACUUACCAGCAGCAAAACUGGCCUCAACAUUUCAGAUGGCAGUGUUAAUACAACCAUCUACAAUGCUCCUGCACCUGUAACUAAUGUUACGACGAACACAACAACCGUCCCUGCUGCAACAAAUGCAACGACAGUCGCCACAACAGUAACCACUGCAGUGUCCUCUACUGCUACUACUCUUACGACAGCGACUACACCAGCAACAGACCCUCCAACUUCUACAGAAGGAACCCUUUGGCUUAGAUUUCGUCUCAUCAGAAACUUUAUCUUAGACUACGGCAUAAUUACUUCACAGGCUUACAAGACUCUAGCUUUAGAAGUUCUCACAGAGGUUAACAGAAUUGGCAAAAAUCUGAACCCAUCUUCCUAUAGGCGCUCCAUCAUUAAUUCGUUCACGAGUGGAUCAGUGGUUGUCAACAUGACUCUUGUUUACUCUGAUAAAGCUUCAGUUCCUGAUGUGACCACAACUAAUCGACUGUUCCAAACUGAACUUGAAAAAUCAUCCUUGAAUAUUGUAAAUGGCAGUGUGAUUGUGGAGUCAACAACAACAUCAAGCAGUCCUCCUCGACCCACCAUGGGCACACUGGCCAUCUUUUCACUCACUAUGCUGGCUGUGGCACAGAUGCUCAUCAGCUCAUAAAACCCAAAGCUUUGACAUCCACCAACUAAGCCCACAGCCUUUUUUUUAAAUGUACAAAAGAGCAGAAGGAAAAUGUGUGCAUUGUGAACUUUGCAUCAGCAGCAUAUGGUAAAGGGAUGAAUGCAAUUAGUCAGAAAUCAUGACAAAUUAACAGUAUUUUUCCAGAUUUGAUAUCACAUGCUAUUUUAUGUUACUAAUCAGUUCUCUGUGAUAACAACAAAAAAAGUAGUUCACUUUGUGUGUUAAAUUUUUGUUUUGAGAAUGGAAGUUUUUUCAUUGAAAAAAAAUGCACAUGUAUCAAUGAAAAUGAACAACAUAUUUAUUUCUUAUUUAAAAGGGCUUUGCAGUUAACUAUUUAAAUGUAUUGUGCACUCUGAACGAGAACAGAAGUUUAGGUUUGGAUGUAGAUUUCAACCGAAAUCAAACAACUGACUUUUAAAAACCUGGGAUUCCCAUGGCAUCUUAGAAUACUGUUUACUUUGCUGUUUUCAAAUAUUUAUUUUGAACUACAUCCAUAAAAAUGUCAAUAGGUUAUUAUUAAGAGAUUAUGUGAGCAAAUAGUUUUGAAUGUAUUGCUUUUGCAGGAUCAAAGCAGUUUUGAAAGAAUGUGCACUGCCUUUAAAUCAGGUAUUUUCUGCUAGUCUAAAAUGUCUGUGUACUGUUAUUAUAGUUAUUUGUAAGCGUUUUCUUCAUUACCAGAUUCUACUAAAUUAUUUCUGUAUAUGCCUUAUUGAGAGGGGGGGGUAUUCAAACUGUAUUAUUAAUCAACAGAGCAAUUAAAAAGCAUUAAAAAAA